CUUGUCAAAUUUUAAUCUUUCAUCUGAGUAAAUAUUUUAUUGAUCGUACUCUAUUACUUUUCAGCAAUUUACACAUAGCUGAUCUGUAAAAAGUGUAAAAUUUUCUUGGAUAGGAAAUAAAAAGAUUCAAUUAUUUGUGGGCCAGUACUAAAAACUCAUAAAAUGCAGCUCACAUCAGAUCCACGACGUGCAGACAGAGAGAGGCGUUACAAGCCACCACCCCCGACAACAGCUCCAACUGAAGAUCUUACAACUGAUUAUAUGAAUAUACUGGGUAUGGUGUUUUCUAUGUGUGGGCUCAUGAUGCGUCUAAAAUGGUGUGCUUGGACAGCUGUUUUUUGCUCUAGUAUCAGUUUUGCUAAUUCAAGAGUGUCUGAUGAUACUAAACAGAUUGUAAGCUCCUUCAUGCUGUCAAUAUCAGCUGUAGUGAUGUCAUACCUUCAGAAUCCUGCACCUAUGUCGCCACCAUGGGCUGCACUCAUAACAUAGAAUAAUAAUUAUUAUAUAGCAUAAUUCUUAUAGGUUUGUUAUUACUACUAAACAAU